AUGGCUACGAUUCUCCACAAACAGAUUUGGAACAGCAAGUUCAAGCAGCUGAUGACAGCUCUAAAACUCAACAAGAGACUCACUGGUUUCAAGAAUGAAACUUACAGAAAUCAUCUGGUCGCUGCCAUUGGUGAAUUCUGCGGUACCUUCAUUUUCUUGUGGUCCGCUUUUGUGAUUGCCCAAAUCGCUAAUGAGGACACUUCUGUAUCUUCUCCAGGUUCCCAUCCAGGUCAAUUGAUCAUGAUCGCUUUGGGUUUCGGUUUCUCCGUCAUGUUUGCCGUUUUCAUCUUCUUCAGAGUCUCUGGUGGUAAUUUGAACCCAGCUGUUACUUUGACUUUGGUCUUGACAAACGUCAUCCCAUGGCCAAGAGCUCUUGUCAUGUGGAUCAGUCAAAUGGUUGCCGGUAUGGCUGCUGCAGGUGCUGCUUCUGCCAUGACCCCAGGUGAAAUCUUAUUCGCUAACGGUCUAGGUGGUGGUGCUUCCAGAUCCAGAGGUGUUUUCUUGGAAGCCUUCGGUACCGCAAUCCUAUGUACCACCGUUUUGUUCAUGGCCGUUGAAAAGCAUAAGGCUACCCCAAUGGCUCCAUUCGCCAUUGGUAUUGCAUUGUUUGUUGGUCACUUGAUCUGUGUUUACUACACCGGUGCCGGUUUGAACCCAGCCAGAUCUUUCGGUCCAUGUAUCGCUGCUGCCUCUUUCCCUAACUACCAUUGGAUUUACUGGAUUGGUCCAGGUCUUGGUGCCAUCAUGUCUGCCGCUUUGUGGCACAUCUUGAAGUUCUUGAAUUAUGAGAACUGUAACCCAGGUCAAGAUGAUAUCCUAUAA